CACGCCGCUUCUCCCGCGGCCGCGGGGGCUUCUCGGGGUCCACGCACGCCCUGCGCCGCCAGGACCCGAGCGGAGCCUCCCCGCGGCCCGGCCGUGCCUGGUCCUGAGCGGUACCAUGAUGUGGGGUGCAGGCAGCCCUCUGGCCUGGCUCUCAGCUGGCUCAGGCAACGUGAAUGUAAGCAGCGUGGGCCCAGCAGAGGGGCCCACAGGCCCAGCUGCACCGCUGCCCUCACCUAAGGCCUGGGAUGUGGUGCUCUGCAUCUCAGGUACCUUGGUGUCCUGCGAGAAUGCACUAGUGGUGGCCAUCAUCGUGGGCACGCCCGCCUUCCGUGCCCCCAUGUUCCUGCUGGUGGGCAGCCUGGCCGUGGCAGACCUGCUGGCAGGCCUGGGCCUGGUCCUGCACUUUGCUGCUGUCUUCUGUAUCGGCUCAGCGGAGAUGAGCCUGGUGCUGGUUGGCGUGCUGGCAAUGGCCUUUACCGCCAGCAUCGGCAGUCUACUGGCCAUCACUGUUGACCGCUACCUUUCUCUGUACAAUGCCCUCACCUACUAUUCAGAGACAACAGUGACACGGACCUAUGUGAUGCUGGCCUUAGUGUGGGGAGGUGCCCUGGGCCUGGGGCUGCUGCCUGUGCUGGCCUGGAACUGCCUGGAUGGCCUGACCACAUGUGGCGUGGUUUAUCCACUCUCCAAGAACCAUCUGGUAGUCCUGGCCGUUGCCUUCUUCAUGGUGUUUGGCAUCAUGCUGCAGCUCUACGCCCAAAUCUGCCGCAUCGUCUGCCGCCAUGCCCAGCAGAUUGCCCUCCAGCGGCACCUGCUGCCUGCCUCCCACUAUGUGGCCACCCGCAAGGGCAUUGCCACACUGGCCGUGGUGCUUGGAGCCUUUGCCGCCUGCUGGUUGCCCUUCACUGUCUACUGCCUGCUGGGUGAUGCCCACUCUCCACCUCUCUACACCUAUCUUACCUUGCUCCCUGCCACCUACAACUCCAUGAUCAACCCUAUCAUCUAUGCCUUCCGCAACCAGGAUGUGCAGAAAGUGCUGUGGGCUGUCUGCUGCUGCUGUUCCUCUUCCAAGAUACCCUUCCGAUCCCGCUCCCCCAGUGAUGUCUAGCUGAGUCUUCGUGAUCCUUCAGCCCUGAUCACUACAGAAUUCCAGAAUGUUAGGCUCUCCAGGGCUUCUUUCCAAACCCCCAGCUCCACACCCUCCAGACCCAGCUGGUUCUGGAGUUCUAGGACAUUGGGUGUUUGAAGGUUCUUGUUCAGAUCCCUGUGGGGGUCCAGCUGGCUCCAUGGUUCCAGAAUGUUCAGGUGGUCAGGGAUCUACUCAGAAAUGUCUCACAGCUCAGCUGGCUUGCAAUUCCGGAAUGCUGGGAGUUUUACAGUGCCAUUCCAAGUCCCAGGUGUCCCGCCUCCCCCACACUUGACCUUAACCAUGUCACUUUACGUUUGAAUUUCUGAACUAAAGAGUCAGACAGAUUAGUCACAUAGUUGCCUAAAUAGGAGAAAGAUUAUAUACGCGCACAUACAAAGAGAGUGUCUAUUUGUUAUUUAUUUAUUUAUUUAUAAAUUUACUUAUGGGUGGUAAGGGGGGAAAAAGAGACCCACACCUUGAUAUCCAGGCCAUACCAGGGUACCCCUUGUCCCCUUACCCCCAUUUCUGACCUCAGUUCCUGGAGGGGGGAAAGGGAGAAAGAGAAACCACGUAUUUUGUUAUUAUUUUGGAUUAUUUUUUAUCGAAGAGAUCAUAGAAACCAGAGCCUUCUCCCCAGGCCUGCCCUCUUUGGGUUUGGAAGGGGAACACACCAGCCUCUGGUUUUUUAUUUUUUUAAGAAGCCAUCACCUGAGCAACCAAAAAUUCCUCUGCGCUGGGGUCCGACUGCCCUCUGGUGGCCAUUUGGGGAAAACUGCAGCCCAGCCAGGCAGCUGGGACCAGAAUGCAACCCCAGCUCCACUCCAGCCUGGCGUCCAGCGCCACAGCCAUGGCCCGGGGGCCAAGUCUCACCCUGCGGUGCCCUAGAGGAGGGGGGGCACGAGCCAACACCCCACCCCUCUGCCAACCGGGGCAUGGCCCCCAGUGCAUUCCCUGUUCUUGUCUCCAACCUAACUCAAUAAAAAAUGAUUUUGUCAUAA